AAAAUAAAUUAAUGGUCAUAUGACAUUUGUGUGGUGGUUGGUCGAUAAGAAGUGAAAAAAAUACCUUAAAAUCACAUUUCGUGGAAUUUUCAACUCAAUUUUUUUCUAAUUCUACAAGAAAAAAAAACACAAAUUCAACAAAAUAAAUCUUCAUCUUGCUUGAAAAACCAACAAAAUCCAUUUACAAAAAUGACUGGUUUUAUGUUCAAUAUCGAUGGUGGCUACCUUGAAGGACUUUGUCGUGGAUUUAAGUGUGGAAUAUUGAAACAAGCAGAUUACUUAAAUUUGGUGCAGUGUGAGACAUUAGAAGAUUUGAAGCUCCACCUUCAAGGCACUGAUUAUGGUUCUUUCCUUGCCAAUGAACCAUCACCACUCUCUGUCUCUGUUAUCGAUGACAAAUUACGAGAGAAACUCGUUAUUGAGUUCCAGCACUUGCGCAACCAUGCUGUAGAACCCUUGGCCAGUUUCUUAGAUUUCAUCACUUACGGUUACAUGAUUGAUAAUAUCAUUCUUCUUAUCACCGGAACCCUUCAUCAGAGGCCAAUUUCUGAAUUGAUCCCAAAAUGUCAUCCAUUGGGCAGUUUCGAACAGAUGGAAGCCAUUCAUGUGGCUGCCACUCCAGCUGAGUUGUACAAUGCCGUUUUGGUUGAUACUCCACUUGCCCCAUUCUUUGUCGAUUGUAUUUCCGAGCAGGACUUGGACGAGAUGAACAUUGAAAUCAUUCGUAAUACAUUGUACAAGGCCUACCUUGAGGCUUUCUAUGAGUUCUGCAAAAAGAUUGGUGGAUCGACUACAGAUGUCAUGUGUGAAAUUUUGGCUUUUGAAGCUGAUCGCCGUGCAAUAAUUAUUACUAUCAAUUCUUUCGGAACCGAGCUGUCCAAGGACGAUCGCGCAAAAUUGUAUCCACGUUGUGGUAAAAUGAAUCCAGAUGGUCUUGCUGCUUUAGCCAGAGCCGAUGAUCCCGAUCAAGUUAAGGCUGUUGCUGAGUAUUACGCAGAAUAUGCUGCCCUCUUCGAUGGUUCUGGUCAAAAUCCCGGAGAUAAAACUCUUGAGGACAAGUUCUUCGAACACGAAGUCAAAUUAAACGUCUACGCAUUCUUGCAACAGUUUCACUUUGGUGUAUUCUACGCUUACUUAAAGCUCAAGGAACAGGAAUGCCGGAACAUAGUUUGGAUUGCCGAGUGUGUCGCACAAAAACAUCGCGCGAAGAUCGACAACUACAUUCCAAUCUUCUAAAUGGGUUCACUUCAUUUAUUAAAAAAAAAAUUAUAAUUACGCAAACAAAACAAAUAUACAAACAACUUAUUGGAA